AUGGUUUUAAAUUGCGGUUGCGGUCGCGGAUGCGGUUGCGGAUGUAAUGUUGCGAUUGCGGCCCUUGCGGCUGCUGCGAUGCGCAUUGCGGCCGUUGCGGUGUUUGAUGCAAAUUUUAGUGUUGUUAGACGUGUGAUUACAAAUCACACCGCAAUUGCGGCCCGAUGCGGAUGCGGAGAUUACCGCAUCAGCAAUAUUGCGGCCGCAAUUGCGGUUGCGGACCGCAAUUUAAAACCAAUUAAUACUACUACACUUGUUUCCAACCAAAAUAUCAAAACCAUGAUGUUUGGUGAAUCUCUUGUUUUGUGUUUCCUUUCACUUCUGUUAUUCUCUCCAUUUGCAACCUCAGAGGAAUGCAACCCACAAGACAAGAAGGCAUUGCUCCAAAUCAAGAAGCAUUUCAACACAUCUAAAACUCUUCAAAACAUAUGGAAUCCAAAAACAGAUUGUUGUAUCUGGGAUUGGAUCGACUGCGACCCAUCCACCAACCGUGUCACCGGCCUCGUUAUGACAUUCGACUUCAACGUCCCAAGCACUGAUAUCGUUGGCCAUAUACCUUCUUCAGUUGCUCAACUCCCUUAUCUCGACCACCUCGAAUUCAACGGUUUACCCAAACUCACCGGCACAAUCAACCCCGUUAUCUCCCACCUCAAACAUCUCAAGCAUCUUGUCAUUUCUUCCACUGGUAUCUCAGGUACAAUCCCGUCUUUCUUGAGCCAAUUCCAAAACCUCGAAGUUCUCGAUCUAUCCCGUAACAGUUUCACCGGAACCAUACCAAGUUGGCUUUCUCAGUUGCCUAAGAUAACAACCUUACGCUUGAACGAUAACAAGCUUACCGGCCAAAUUCCAAACUCAUUUAGUAGUAGACUAUCAUUUAGUUCCUUCAAGAAACCCGGGCCAGAUAUAUAUCUAUCAAACAACCGUCUUUCUGGCCACAUUCCUGCUUCACUGGGCCAACUAGAUCCGGAGUCGAUAGACUUAUCGGGGAACAAGCUGGAAGGUGAUGCUUCUUUUCUUUUCGGGAGCAAGAAAAGGACACAGGCCAUUGACCUUUCGAGGAACUUGUUGUCGUUUGAUCUUUCAAAAGUGGGUGUUCCAAAGAGUUUGACAUUUUUGCAUCUGGAUCAUAAUUAUAUAUAUGGGAAGGUUCCACAGGCAUUGACCAAAGUGGACGACUUGGGGCGGUUUAAUGUGAGUUAUAAUUUGUUGUGUGGUGAGAUACCGCAGGGUGGGCGUGCGGAUUUGCAAAGGUUUGGUGUGUUGGCUUUUUAUCACAACAAGUGUUUGUGUGGGUCACCCCUUCCCAAAUGCAAGUGAUAAACAAGAGGCUGCUCAAGUUAAAAAUGAAUGUCUUGUUUUAAUAACAACUUUUAUUUAUGUACCAAUUUGAAUUUGUAUGCAAUGUUCAAUGUUCAACUGAUAAGUUGAGCUGCUGUUGUACUUUUGAUUAAUUGUUUGUACUUCAAGUUUAAACUAUGUAACCUAAUACUGAAGUAUACGAGUCUAACAAAUUUAUGUUUGCAUUAAAUCCAUAGAUUCCAAAGGCUAUACCAUGUGCAAAAGAGAUGACUUUUUAUCUCGUUUCAAAUAAACUAAUAUGCAGCAAUAGAUAUCAAAGCUGGUUAUUGAUUUGUUCCCCCAAUUUUAUUUUCUCCCUCUAGAUUCUCUGUAUCCUUUACUUAAGGCCGGUUGCUUAAAAAAAAAUAAGGGACCGGGGCUUCGGCUUCGACUUCGACUUGAGAUCAAGAAAUAUUGAUGCUAUUUGUCCGUACAACGAUUAUCUUCCUGAAAAUAUGUGAUAAUAUGCCAAAAAAAACAAAGAGAUCUGGAUUUGAAAACUACUGUAACUAGUCCUUAAUGAGUUUCUAACAAAAAAUUAUGCCAAUCUCUUUUGAAAGCAGGUUAUAUGUCAUACGUUGCUCCUUCAA